AUGGUUUACACUAUUGUCGUCCACCUCCGCGCCAAGGCCGAUGAGGAGUCCAUCUCCAAGCUGAAGGCUAAGCUCGUCGAGGCCUCCAACGUUUACUCCAAUGAUAAGGAGACCAUUUCGUGGUUCGUCAUGCAGUCCGUUUUCGACAAGCAGGACUUCACCAUUGUCGAGCGCUAUGAGAAGGAGUCGUCCCAAGAGUACCACCUCAACAACCCUUACUGGAAGACCUUCGACCCCUACGUUAUUCCUCUGCUCGAGAAAGACAUGGACAUGCACCGCCUGGAGGAGUUGGAGGGCUCUACUAUGUAA